AUGUCUCUUCUAAGUGAUCCGAUGGGCGACGGGCUGCUGGUGCCAGAGCUCGUGACCCGUGCGCCCCGCUGGGCAGGUCCCGGCACGCUGGGCAACCUGCUGUUGCUGCUAGGCAUUACGUUCGUGUUGUGCUGCGCUGCGGUGUAUAGGGAGCGCUAUCGACGCCUGGUGCGCCACAUCGAUCGCAUACCCGGCCCAGCCACCGUCCCAAUCGUGGGCAACGCACUGCAGAUCAACGCCGACCGGGAAGAGCUGUUCAAUCGCAUCAUCGCCUCGCGGAAGCUGUACGGGCGACAUCAGGGCAUCAGCCGCAUUUGGAACGGGCUGACGCCAUACGUGCUCAUCUCGAAGGCACAGGUCGUCGAGAAAAUUCUCAGCAGCACCAGGAACAUCGAGAAGGGCCGCGACUACGAGUUCCUGCAGCCGUGGCUCGGCACCGGCCUGCUGACGAGUUCGGCCGGCAAAUGGCAGCACCGACGGAAGAUUCUGACACCCGCCUUCCACUUCCGCAUCCUAUCCGAUUUCGUCGGUGUGUUCAACCAGCAGGCGAGCGUACUGGUCGACAAACUUCGCGGUGAGCUAGGAAACGAGGCUGGCUUCGAUUGCGUACGCUAUAUCACACUUUGCUCACUCGAUAUUAUCUGUGAGACUGCGAUGGGUUGCCCGGUAUAUGCGCAGCACCAGUCCGACUCGGAGUAUGUAAAGGCUCACGAAAAAAUCGGCGAAAUCAUGUUGAAUCGGUUGCAGAAGCUGUGGCUGCAUCCGGAUGCCGUCUUCCGGUGCACGGGCCAGUACCGGGAGCAGCGUCGAUGUCUGGACAUCCUGCACGGCUUCUCCUACCGCAUGAUAGGCGAGCGGCGCGCAAUGAUCCAAGCGUCGAAGGGCACCGACCCGUUCUACGACGACGGUCUGGCAGGCACACGGAAGCAGCUCGCCUUCCUGGAUCUGCUGAUCGAGGCGUCGGACGGCGGUCGUGUACUCUCCGAUGCUGACAUCCGCGAAGAGGUGGAUACCUUUAUACUGGGCGGGCACGACACGACCUCUACGGCGAUCUCUUGGACGUUGUUCCUGCUUGGGACGGAACCGUCAGUGCAAGAGCGUGCCAUAGCGGAGAUCGACGCGGUGAUGGGCGGUGACCGGGAGCGAUGGCCGACGAUGCGCGAGCUGGCCGAGAUGCGCUACCUGGAGGCGUGCGUGAAGGAAGCACUGAGGCUCUACCCGAGCAUUCCGGUCAUUGGCAGGCGGCUCACCGAGGACGUCCAGCUGGACGAGUACCUCCUGCCGGCCGGCACCAAUGCCGUCAUCGUCGUGUACCAGCUGCACCGCGAUCCGGCCAUAUUCCCCAACCCGGACAAGUUCAACCCGGACCAUUUCCUUCCCUCGGCCGGGGCAGCUACCCGGCACCCGUUCGCCUACAUCCCGUUCAGUGCCGGGCCGCGCAACUGUAUCGGCCAGAAGUUCGGCGCACUCGAGGUCAAAGCCGUCCUCGUAGCCGUCCUACGUCAGUUCCGCGUGGAGGCCGUCCAUCGCCGCGAGGAUCUCACACUCUACGGGGAGCUGGUACUCCGGUCGAAGGAUGGACUCAAGGUACGCAUUAAGAAGCGAGAAUAA